ACCUCCAGCCGCGAUUUCGUCAGCGGGGAAAUUCAAACGCUUUGCAUAAGCUUGCCUGAGCCCAGCCCCCGCCCGCCCCCGGAUCCGGAGGCUAUAAAAUAGGAAGGCGCGCCGAGCGUAGCAGAAGAGUAGCGCUCUCCUUCGACGGCUAGCAGAAACCGGGCGUCAGUCCUUUACAUCGCGUAAAAAACAACCCGGCAUCAAAGACAGCUUGCUCCGUGACGGUGGACAAAUGGCUGGUUGUAGCUCUCAGAGCCUCGGAGGCGCCCUGCUUUUCUUGGGAUGGCACCUAGUUCAAACCACUCUUAGUACAACAGUAAUUCCGUUAUGUGGAGUCAAUAAGACUGAAAACUGUGUAACUACUGUAGGAACUGCUGUACCUAUAACUCAGGUGGGAAGAGAGACAGAAUGCAAGCCAGAAUGGCGAAGUUACUGUUUCAAUGGAAUUUGCAGAUACGCAGAGAGUUUGGACCGAUAUUACUGCAGGUGUAAAGAGGGCUGGAUUGGUGAACGAUGUAGCCAUUCAAAUCUGAAUCCGGUCAUGAAACCCUUGAGCAAUGAAUACUUGGCAUUUACUAUCCUUGUGUGUCUAUUUUUCUUCAGUGCAAUUUUAUUAUCAAUAUACUUUUACCGAAGGUAUCUAAACAAGAAGGAGAGACUUGCUACAAACAAAAGCUAUAAAGAGGUUGCUACAGAUACUGAAAAAGAACAAAAUCUUCUUCAUGUGUGAAAUAAAGAUUAAUUUAGAAUCCAUUUAUUUAAUAAUAUAAACACAAAUAUUUUAUUAAUAUUUAUAAGUGAAAGAAUUUCAGUUUUGAUCAGAGAAGAAUAUAUGUAGAGGCCAAAGCACUAUUUUUUAUAAAUGUCAUUUAUAUUUGUAUUUUAUUUUUUAUUCAAUGCUAUAUCUAUGGAAUGUUUUCAUAAUUCAAUUAUGUCUUGCAUUCAUACCUGUGAACUGUUACAUGUGAAUGCAUGUAAAAUUUAUUUUAUCAUGGUUAUAUUUAAUGCACUACAAAAUACUAAAUGUUGCUGUUUUCUUUAUUGGAAGAAAGGUUUUAAUUGGAAAAGAUUAGAAGGAAUCUUCAUUUGUUAUAAAGAUGACAUUUUCCUAAUCGUUCCAAUUACCUGUUUCCUUAGAAAUAAGAACAGAAAGUGUCAUAUUGUAAACUUGUGCACUUAUUUAUUUGUUCAUUAAAAUAUUGUUUGCUUA